AUGGAUAUCAACACUUACUUAAUGGGAUCAGCACAAGGAAACGGCGGCAAGUUGGAAGUUAGGAGAAAUGGGGACGUUGAGGUCGCAGCAGCAGCAGCGAGCAAAGGAGAGGCUGAGUGGAUAAAACUAGAUGCUAUGCAUUGUGGAAAGAGUGGAAAGGUCGAUCCAGAUGAAGAAGCCAAGAAUUUACUGUUCUGA